AGUGUAUUUGAUUCCAUGGUUGUCAUGGUAAGAGUGGGCAGUUAGUUGAUGGGUGAGCACUGAGCAGGCAUACCUAUCAUAAAAUUGCCAUACCAACCAUAUUUUCAUAUUAUGUCAUUUAAUACCUACUCAACGUCUCAACGUCGAACAUUAAAGUUUAUUGAUUUGAAAAUCACUCCGUUUCUCGUAGUUUAAUAACAAAUAACUUUCAAAUUCGCAAAACAUUGAUUGUAAUUUCUACUUCACUUUUGUGAACACAUUUAACUAAUUUCACCCAAUGGGUUCAAUUUCCAGCAGGAAAUUAUCUUCACCAACUCAAGUGAUGGCUGCUACUCAGUUUGUUAAAGAUGCAAUUGCGCAUGAUCCUAUUGUUAUUUUCUCAAAAUCAGACUGUGGCUACUGUCAGAUGGCCAAAGAAUGUUUUGACAAGUUGAAAGCUACUUACAAAUCUAUCGAUUUAGAUAAGAGACAAGACAUGGAUGAUAUUCAAGAUGCUUUAGAAGGAAUAACUGGUGCUCGCUCGGUGCCACGAGUGUUUGUUAAUGGUGUAUUUAUUGGUGGUGGCUCCGACGUAAGAAAAAUGUCUCAAAAUGGCAAGUUGGAAGAACUCUUGAAAAAAUAACUAUAAAACUAAGAUAAACAUACAUAAAUUAGAAACAAAAUUUAGUUCAAUAGUUCAAAUAUAUAUAUAUAUAUACCGUUUUUCAAGAAUAAUGUUUUAUUUCAAAAUAAUUCAAUGUCUUAAUAUAAAAAUUACAACUUAAA